AUGGGUCUUGAUUUGAAAGAUAUGUUAUACUAUGAAAUUCUGCUGAGUAAUUUCCGUCAAGACAAAUUGGUAAAUCUCUUCAACCACCGAAACCCAAUACAGAAACAGGGAGGGCCAGAGCUCAAAAAUGCUACAGGGACAGAGCAGUUCAACACCAUCCGAUCCUCAAAGUUCUCGUACAAUUCGGUAAAUUUCGAACUCGAAAUCUUUUGUAUUUCACUAUUAGGGUCAAUGAUUCAUGUAAUCUCCCCAAAUCUGCGACGUAUAAAACCUAGGGUUUCAAGCACCAUCAAUGGCUCUUUGUUCUCAGCACCAUAUCUCAGAACUUCGAAUUGCGAAAAUUCAGCAGACCCACAAUCUUUCGCGCCCUCUUUCUACUCAAAUUCAUGUGGGUUUUCCUCAGAAUCAGCUGGUUCAACAUGUAGGAUGCUCAAUAUUGGAAAAAAGGAACAAUCAGAUUCAGUCUUGAUACUUUUGAAGUCCCAUGGGUUGAAAGAGACCGACAUUCGAAACUUGAUUACUAGCCGUCCAGCGAUUCUUAUGGUUGAUGCUAACAAAACCCUUAAACACAAUAUUGAGUUACUUGAUUCUUUGGGAUUUUCUGGCACUAAACUGGUGAAAAUUAUCAACAAAUUGCCAAGGUUUCUGGAGAUGUCAAAGGCAAAAUCAGUGGUUGAAUUCUUCACCACUUAUGGUUUCAGUGAAGAACAAAUCACAGAUAUGAUAUUGAGGUGCCCAAAAAUAUUUUCCUACUGUCCACAAAAAAACUUGAAACCCAAGUUUGAAUUUCUUCAAUCUUUGGGCAUUUCGGAUUUGGAAAUUGUGAAGUUAAUCUUCAAAGGGCCAGCCGUGCUUGAGGCAAGCUUAGAGAACCGAUUAAUAUCUGGUACAGAGGUCCUUAAGCGUAUCGUUCUCACAGAUGAGAAUGUAUUGAAAGCCAUCAGGGCAGACAUCUGUAUAAUUAGAGGUGACCUGAAGAAUAUGUUGGAACCCAAUUUUCGGACUUUGAUUAGCCUUGGUGUACCCAAGGCCAACAUUGUGAAGUCGUUCUUGUUUCGACCAAGAUGGCUGUUACGAAGACCUGAGCAAUUUAGCGAGAUAGUUCAGGAAGUUACAAGCUUAGGUUUUGAUCCUAAAAAGAUGAAAUUUGUUCUAGCCCUCCGUUCAUUGUCAUCCUUGAGUAGAUCAAAAUUUGAAGAAAAAAUAGAAGUUUUAAGCAGUUUUGGUUUAUCUAGAGAUGAGUUCUUUUUAGCAUUUGAAUUGCAACCUAUUUGUAUGCUCACUUCGGCAAAAAAGUUUAGGAAAAUUAUGAGUUUCUUUGUGCAAAAUCUGAAUUUUCAGCCUUCGUCAAUCUUCAAGCACCCAAACCUUUUUCUGCUUAGUUUGGAGAAGAGGAUUAUUCCAAGGUGCUCAGUCUUGCAACUUCUGAUGUCCAAAGAUCUGUUUGAGUGGAAUAACAGCUUAAUGAGGGUGUUUUUAAUGACAGAGAAGACUUUCUUGGAGAAUUUUGUUACCAAAUAUCAGCACUUGGUUCCUGAAGUUGUUAAGGCACAUGGAGGCAAGAGAGAGUUUCAAGGGUUUAACCUAAAUCAGCCAGUCAAGUUGUUUCAGAAAAUGCCUGCUGCUCGUAUAACAUCAUGCCCAAGGUCAAAUGAUCCUUAUUGGGGCAAUUAAAAUGGAGCAGGGAGUUAUAAGGCCAGCUUGUCUCUGGUAAUCUAUUUUUGCAGGAGGACACAAGGGGAUGGUCAUGAGAAUAUUGCAGGGGAUGUAGACUAGUUUGACUUGAGCUGAGCACCACUAGCAGAUGACUUUGCCGCAUUCUUUUUUGGUGGACAAGCUAACCACAAUGAAGGAGAGAAUUUGCUUGGCAUCUGGUAAGCCCAUUGGAUUGUUAACAUCAACACAAUGACCAUUUCGUCUGCUCAAGGGAUUUUAAGUAUGUUCUAUGUCUUUAACUCUUAAACCUUAUGAUUGGGUGUUUAUUUAAAAUUAUGCAAGCAUGCUCUAAUCUUUGAGAAUGAUACUUAAAACAGGGUUGUCUGCAGAUCAUGCUCUGCUCCCUUGUGUGAAUUGCUUAAUUUUUUGGACCUCCAAUGGAUAUCAGUUUUGUCUGCUGUUACUUUUGGAUACUGAAAUAUUAAUCAUAUAGUUUUUUAGUUGUCUGGUUAUGCUUGUUCGUG